UACCGAGAAUUAGCCAAGCGUGCGUUCGAUAUUGCAGCAGCGGGAAUGUCCCAGACACAAGGACAGCCUGAAAGGCUAGAUGUGCAGACCUAUUCGGACGUACGGGGUCAGGCUGGGGCUAUGGAAAUGCUUUACAUGGAGCUUUGCCUGAAGCAGAAUAGAGCGCUAGUGACGAAAGACGUGGAAAUCAAGAUACAUCAAGCCCAGGCCGAGUUCAAAAGAACCGUGGAGGAAAUCUGUCGGCGCAAACACCUCACCCAACCCCAGAGGGAGAACAAACCCGGGAUGACACCUCGCCUGAUGACCAUAUUUGCCACGGUCCUUGAAAUCUUCGAAAGCAUUCAGGCAGCGAAAAACGAUCAGGUCACUGCAGCGGCGCAUGAAAAGCUCAAGGCCCUGCUGCCGUCAAUCCGAGAAGAGAUCUAUGGCGAAGAUACACACCCAGGAGUUUGGUGUCCGGAAGAAUGCCACCGAUGA